AAGUCAACAAAUCAGGCGGCGAGAUGUGACAACAACAAGAAGCACUUUACUGGAAGCAACUUCCCUUUUCUCUGUUUUUUUUAAAAAACAAAAGUUUUUGAGGUUUAAAAAACCGACGACUUAAAUGAAACCGCCUGUUUGUCAGAGUUGGACCCGCGGACGAACUUUGAAACCGGAUUUAUCAGCUCAGUUUGGUGGAGAGGCUCAAAAUGCGGACCGAUUCGUUCCUGUCCAGGAUUAACGUGGUGCUGGUGAUGGCCUACGGCAGCCUGGUCUUUGUUUUGCUCUUCAUCUUUGUCAAAAGACAGAUUAUGCGACUUGCCAUGAAGUCUCGUCGAGGACCUCAUGUCCCCCUCGGCCACAACGCCCCGAAGGAGCUGAGACAAGAAAUCGACGCCAAACUGUGCCUCGUCCAGAAAAUCCACUUCGAGCCUCGUCUGCUGUCUCCAGAUGACGACCGGCUGAAUCAGAGCAGCCAGUCGGGUUCCUACGACUACCUGUACCGGAUGAAAGCACUCGACGCCAUCAGGAGCACAGACUUGCCUUUCCGCGAGCUGGGAGGAACGUCCACAGCGGUGACUGGAAAAAGGUUCCGGACGUGGCUGCUGCAGCUUCGAAACUCUCACUGCAUGUUCAGAGACAAGCAGAGUUCUGUGAUCGACACGGUGUUGGACGGCUACAAUAAAGCCCGACAUGGGGCAGAGCCCUUUGGUGAAGCAGAAUAUUUGAAAUACCAGGAAGCUCUAACCGAACUGGCCUCCAUUGUGAAGUCUCACGGCGGCGUCGGAGGCGGCACCCCGAGCCAGCGCCAUCAAUCCGCAGCCAAAGACCUGACGGGCAGCUCCGAGCCUUCCAGCGCCUCCCCUUCCUCCCCCACCCAGACCACCUACCUCACCUCCACAAUGCAGCAGCGCAGCAAGAGUCGCAGACACUUCCUGGAGCUGAAGAGCUUCAAGGACAACUACAACACGCUGGACAGUACGCUGUAAAAAAAAACAAAAAAGUGUCAAGAACAAGGUAGUGCUGCCAGAUAUUCCAGUGCCUACAGGUGGGAUCAGUGGGGAAACAUACUGCCUUAAUGCACUAACACCAAUCGGCUGGUUUACAGCAGAGCUAAUCGAUUAGUUGUCGACUAUUUGAAUAAUCGACUGAGUCAAAACUCUCAGAUUCCAGCUUCUUAAAUCAGCUGGAGACACAGCGUCUUUAAACCAAACACCUAAUGGAUUAAUCGAGACAUAUAUCAACAAACUAACGGAGAUAAUCGUCCUAGUUUACAGUCUAUCGGACUACCGGUACGGCGCUCGUUGCCUGAGUGCAGCUUGUAUCCUGUAUUACUGCAUGUGUGACGUUUGGGUAGAAACACGAGGGUUGAUUAGACCAAAACCAAACCGGAGCUAUGAGGCUGCGCAGCAGCACAAGACAAUCAGUAUUUAUUGCACAAUAUAAAAAAAAAGAAAAAAGCCUAUGCAGACUUAUUAUCGAAUGCUAAGCUAACGGUAGCUGCACACUGAGAACAGCACACUGUUUACUUCUGUUCAUGUACUGUAGCUGCUCUUUGUUACUGCACUGAAGUCAGCAGCCUGUUCGUUUUUAUUCUUAAAGCCUUGAACGUUUGUUUUACAGAAGCCAUACUUGUUUUAAAAAACAAAAACUGUGAUCAUUAAGUGCUUUUUUUAAAAAAAGGUUUUAUCUCAGUGCAAUGUAACUUAACUGUACUUUAGUGCAUUAAUGUGUUGAGCUGAAUGUGAGGCGACUUAUAGGAGAUCUGAGCUGUUUGCUGUUUAUCCCUCCAGGGAGGAAAUUUAGUGCCUGAAAAAUGUUUUUUUUGUUUUUUUGUUUCUCUGUGGUGCCUUCUGUACAAGUUACCAUCCAAAUAGAACUGUGACAUACAGCCCA